CAGGGAUGUGACUUGAGCUCCACGUAAAAUAACGUAAGCAGAAAAGUUAUAUAACAGGGCAUGACUUCAACAAUGAAAGCUCCUCUGUGGAGAACAGGGUUUCGCUGUGGCAUAGUCAGUUUAAUACAAGGAUAGAUGCGUGCUUAGUUCUAGUUUUACUUGCGAUAAAAACAAAACAUGGUUUAGCAAAAAACAAAACAAAAACAAAAACAAAAAAACAAACCAAAACUGAACAAAACAAAAAGUAGUGAAUCAGACUGCACUGAAUCAGUUUAAACAGCGCGACCCAAUGGCCGAGUUGGGACUUGCAUCGACAUGUUGACACAACUGUCCCGCCCCGAGUUGAAACUUUGGCGGCGCCACCGUUAAGGCGUUUGUUGUUGAACACAAGAUCGACCGGAGGGGCGGGAUGUUCACUUCUACACUGAUACUGACGAUUAACUCCUCCCACCUUUAACCGGUAUAUAAUGUAAAUAAAACCGAACGACAAGCUAUGACGCAACGUCUUCGCUUUAAAAUCUUUUGGGUACCAGGAAGUAGUGUUACAGAGAGGAGAAUAAUAAAUCCCGUGACCAAUAUUUCUUGGGUAUUUAUUGUAUUACCCCGUGAUAGCCAGUCAACAACACAAGUAACUUAAUGUAGGAUAAACUUUUGUAUUUAUAGGUGAUUUCCUCUCUUUUUUAUUUUUAAAUGUUAAUGCUACACUGCUUAGCUUGUGCUACUGUAACGGUUACAUUUAAUUACUGCUUUAAAAUUAGUUAAUACUGGACACAGCUUGUCAUGGCAGCCAUUUAGCGCUACAUGGCUGUAAUGAACUUAAACAGUCAUGUUACGAAUAACUACAGCCAUCCUGUAAGAAGCCUCAAUAGAGUGCGGAUCUUGUCUAAUAGGUAGCUCUAAAGUAUAGUAAACUAUCUUCAAUGGAGAAAAACAUCGAAGAUGACGCUGCUCUUGAUGAGGAAGGUGAAAACCAGGAAUCCUGUUUGAUUAUGAAACCACAGAGGUCGAAUGAUGGAGAGGCGAAGGUUACACCUGCACGGAACCCAUCAAGGACAACAUCCAUACCUCCAGGCAUGGCUAGAAGGGUCUGUGAAACACUAAUGAUUAGGGAUAACGAGACUGGACCAAUAUCACAACAUGUGAUGUCUGAGUUUACUGCACAAGAGGAUGAGAGGGAUGCUACUUCAGUGUCUCCUUCCAGCUUUGUGGACACUUUUGAUCCCUCCAUGUCAAGCCUCUCCUCAUCUUGUUCCACCAGUCUUCACCAUGGUUCCUUUUCAUCAUCAUCCUCAUCGUCCUGUUCCCCCGUCUUAUCUCUGACUCCACCCUUACCUCCCUCCGUGGAGCUCUCAGCUGUGUUGACCGAUACAAGGCUGACCCUUGAUGUGUACCGCGGAGGAGCAGCUGCACUGCCAUUAUUAUGGGGGUCUGUUCCAGGACAGCUGACCGGCCUACAGUACCUGAGACUGGGCUCUGAGGAUAAACCAGGUCUGGAUGAGGCACUGGACGUUUUGCACCAUCUGACAGAGCUACGUUCACUGGCCGUUCGGGGGCACCGUUUUUAUGACACACACGGUGAGCCCCUGCUUGGCCUCUUAACCACUUUGCCCACAUCUGUGUCCUCCCUCUCACACUUGGUACACCUGGAUCUCUCUUUCAACCAGCUCUCCUGCCUCCCACAAUGCCUUUUUAGCCUUCCUGUGCUAUCCUCAUUGCUCCUCUGUCACAACCACAUCUCAGCUUUGCCCUCUGACAUAGCCCAGCUCUCCUCCCUAACUUACCUUUCCCUCCUGGGGAACAAGUUGACGCAUCUUCCCAGAAGUUUGGAUCAGCUGGAAGAACUGCAAACACUCGAUGUGUCACAUAACCUCCUCCAGCAGCUACCAGAUGAAAUUGGGUGUCUGUGGAAGCUUGUUAAACUGGAAUUGUCCCAUAACAAACUGAGGCAGCUGCCAGAGAGCAUGGGCUCUCUCCUUUCUCUCAGGGAACUUGUUAUCUACAGCAAUGACCUCCGCCUGAUCCCACAAUGUCUGAAUAAACUGCCUCUGCUUAAAAUAGAUGUUCGUGACAAUCCUUUGGGAAAACCUCCAACACCGCCUCCUCUCCCUCCUACACCUGAUCAAGCUGAGACAAAAAUUCCCGAGUUGCACCUUACGUUUAAUCAGCACAGUUUCUUUGUUUCGUCUGCUGGGUGUCAUGUGUUUCUCCCAGGGGGGGCUGAGCUGGUGUUCCCCCCAGGGUGUAUGGUGACAACUACUAAACUGAGGUGGGCCGAGAAAAGGCCAGACAAAAAGUGGGUGUCGCUGGAGGAACAUGACAUCCUGCUGAGUCGUCCACUGGAACUUUGUCCACAUGGAGUUAAAUUUCUAAAGCCUGUGGAGGUGUGUGUGCCAUAUCAUCGGACAAAGAGAGGGGAGGUGGUGGUGCGGAGAUUUGAUGGAGAGUCAUGGAGUACCCUGCCCACUGAUCUAAGGAGAGGAAGCGAGAGCCAUUGCAGUCAUCCUGGGGGGCGUCCAGCCAGGCUGGCGUGCUGCUCGGUGAGAAACUUCUCCUGGUUUAUGGCAGUGUCUCGACCAGUACAAGACAGUUGCUGUGUCACACCAGCAGGAGCCCUGCUGGUGUCCAGUUGUGACCCAGGCAUCAAGCUCAAUUUCCCCCCGGAAUCCACCGUGCAAACUCGCACAGUUACUUUACAGGUGGUGCAGGUGUCUGAGUUGGAGGUGCAGACGGUUUGCGGUGAUCCUCAGGCCAGAGUCAGCCCACUCCUCUGUCUCUCCCAGACUCCCAGCUUACAUUUCCUGCAGCCAGUCAAAGUUCAGAUCCCUCUACCACCUGGAGUCUCAGGUCACACAGCGGAUAUGUCACAUUUGCAUCUGUUCCAUGGAGAUCCCACUGCCCAGACAUGGACUGACAUCACGCCCCAAGUGUCUCUCUAUGUCACCCACUUGUAUGCCAUUUUCUAUAUUACACACUUCUCCUGGUACUGGCUGUGGUACACCACACAACGCUGUAUUAGUGGAGUAGUCAGGAAAGUCUAUCAAAGGCUAAAACAGUUCAAAGUGCAGUUCCUUGUCCUCCAGCGGAAGACGGACCCCUCACAAGUUCUCCUGCAGUGUUUACCUGCAAACAAGGUAGACAGCAGAGUGCAGUCUUUGUCAGAGCAAUAUGAUGGACCUCAGCCUUCAGACCUGUGUGACCUGCUGGAGGGAGAGCAGUUCUUUGCCGGCUUUGAGAGAGGCUUAGAUAUUAGUACAGAAAGACCAGACUGUGUGGAGGGGCGACUUUGCUUUGUGUUUUACUCCAGCCUGAAGAAUCUGAAGGAAGUUUACAUCUGUCCAGCUCAGGAUCAGAAGAGACCUGUGAGAGGACAGGUAUCCUUUUACAGAGGGGAGCUUCCCAGCAGUCUACCCGAGGAGGUGGCCAGAAAGAGAAAAGGACCUGACAGCCAAUGGCUUGCUACUUUACCACUAAGACUUCCUGCUUUAAACUUAGACAACAGUUUUAUCAUGGAGGAGUUCCAGUGUCCUCCUCUAAACCUGGGUGACCCUGAAAGUGGCUACCUCACAGAAUCCAACCUGCUGUCCAUCUCCCUUCAGAUUGGACAAGACUGGCGUGUUAUUGGCAUAAAUCUUGGCUUGAGCUACCAAGAGUUGGACCGCAUUCAAUACAAAUACAGGGACAACCUAGGUUCCUUGGUGCUGGACAUGCUGUUUCAUUGGGCUCGAGGACAGAAGAAUGCAGGACCUGGGGCAGUGUCAAGGCUCAUGGAUGCUAUGAUAGAAAGCGGCCGGAGAGACCUGGCAGAAGAGAUCGAGGACAUUGUUAACAUAGGAAGGAGAAAGUACUUGGAGUCACUGAGGAGAGUUGGCCUGGAAGCAGAGAGCUCCUCUCACGGUGAAGCGCAGCAGUAGAUAAGAGCUCACUGGACACAGAUGGCUGAUUUACACUUGAGUAACCUGUUUGUUUACUUUUGGGCACACGUCUCAUCUGGCUCUCCAAACAACUGUCCUGGUGCACGAAAGCCUUUCUUUGAGACAUAAAAACCAACCACUAGCUGGUGAGGCCUUCUAAAGGACAGGAGGAAGGGAUGAACUACAUGUCUAAUGACUCAGUCUUUUGACACUUUAUAGAAAUAGUUUUAGAAUGUAACGUAAUGCAAUAAAAGACCAUUUCUGCCAAGAAAACAAAAAAAUUCUACAAUGGUCUAAAAAUAAUAACAUCGGAUAAAAAAACUGAAAGCCUGUUUGCUGGGGACUAGUGUUUUCUGAGGACCUGUUAUAAUUUAUUAUAAUUGUGAUCUUGAGAAUCAUGUCCAUAUGUAAAGCCAAUACUACAAAGCAAAUUGUCAUAUUUAACCAAACUUUUUGUACUGGUUUUUUUCUGAUUGGAGAAUACACCAAAACUUUAUAUGAAAGUUUUAAAUCCUUUUUUGACUCUGAAUUUGAGGGUCAUUUACACAAUGAAAUUUGAAGGAUGUAAGGCAGCGUGCAGGAAGGAACUUUAGUAAUAUAUGGCGACCGAUGAACUGAAAUUAUUUUAAAAGAUGUUUUAUCCUGUGUGAAAAUCACGAAGUCCUUAUGUAAAUUCUAAUAAAACAAGGCUUUCUUAUUUUUUUUUCUUUAUCUUAAAUGCUGUUAGAUUGGAGGAACCUUUUUGUACUAGAUCUCUUCUUUUCUGUGCCUGUACUGCAGGAACUCAGUUUUUAGGCUCAUUUGUUUAGGUCUUACCUCAGAAGAGGUAUUCACCUAGCAUAAAAAUAAAAUCCUACAGAGACGGAGUAAACAUACUGUACAAUAACUGGCUGAACACAUGGAUGCGGCACCAGCAACUAGCAAAUAAAAAAUGUAAACAAUGGUAAGACAUUGAAACAGCUCUGGAUGACCUUAAAACAUUUCUCUAAUGGAACAACAGUGGAACUAUUAAACUGCCUGUUCAACAAAAUUAUAAUGAAGCGUAAGAGGCUAUCUUCAUAGUUGAUUUUUUCCCUUUCUUCCAUUGGUUACUGAGUAAUCAGUUUAGCUGCAGCACAAAUUCAGCUGAUGUUCUAGGUAUUGCAUCUUUGUAAUAUAUUUAUUAUCGCUGUUUUAUUGUAUCUUAUGAGUAAAACUAAUAGAAAUUC